CUCUAAAUCGUAUUGCACUGAAGUGGAGAUUGUGCAUUAAACCGCUCAACGGAGUGAAUAGUUAACAAACCUAUUGGCUAAAAUUAUUUUUGCAACCUUGCAAUUCUGCGCUGUUACGAAAUGAAGGAGCAUCUCACGUGACCUGGUGUGAGCUGCCAUCAUCGAAAUGCAUGAAUAUGUUUUGGGCAUUUGCACAAUUUAGGAAGUGUUCGCCGUACUUCGCAGCUUUUAAAGGAACUUGUCGUCGGAUGUGUAAAAUGCUGAAUGCUACAGCAGCCGACAGAAAUAAAGACCCGAUCCUCGCUGUUUUAAAAAGCAGAGUGGCAUCAGACAGGCCUCUGGUCGCUCUGGAAAUAUCUUCUGGCACAGGACAGCAUGUUAUUCACUUUGCCAAAGCGUUUCCCAACAUUUCAUGGCAACCGUCUGAAAUUGAAGCGCAGUCCAUGUCGAGUAUUGAGGCAUAUAGAGAGUAUCAUAAGCUGCAGAAUGUCAAGCCCCCCAUCUAUCUCGAUGUGUCUCAGAGUUGGGAGAACUGGGCUGGAAUUCAACCCGAGUCAUGUGACCUCAUGGUGAACAUCAACAUGAUGCACAUCUCACCUCCGGCCUGCACAACAGGUUUGUUUAAUGGUGUUGGAAAAAUACUGAAGCCACAAGGAUUGCUUCUGACUUAUGGGCCUUAUGCUUUCAAUGGAUCAAUUACUCCUCAGAGUAAUGUUGACUUUGACCACAGCUUGAGAUACAGAAAUCCAGAGUGGGGUCUAAGAGAUGUGUCAUUACUGAAAACACUAGGCCAGGAAAAUGGACUGCGAUUGGAAGAAAUUGUUGAUAUGCCCGCCAACAACAAGUGCUUACUGUUUCACAAGGACAGCGUGGUUUAAUAGAAUAACACUGUAUUUACAUUUGAGUGGACUCUGCAGUGUUCAAACGGUUUAAAGAUACUGAAUAAUACAACGGCUUUGCUGAAAUUAAUCGUAACUCUCUUUCUGGAAAAGAUGCUUUUUUUUUUUUUCACACCAAAGGAAAUUAAUAAUAAUUUAGACAGAUGUUUGAAAUGAUGUGCACAUUAUAUUGAUAGAGCCGUAUCCAUGAAUUCCUUUGAUCGUCCUCAUUGGUUAUCUGGAUUAUAGUUCUGCAGUGUUAUUUCAAGAUUUACCUGCCUUGUAAAAUCCACUUUACGCUUGUUGACCAACCACCAUGUUCCAAAAGCAUGAAAGCUGAUAAAAUGUGUAUUUUGAAUGCAAUGUGAUUCGCUUUUAAGCCAAAUGCAUACAUGUAAAUGUAUAUUUUUUUAUCACACUGAUGGAUAUCAAUUCAAUCAUAUUUACAAUUAAUAUAAUCUCAAUAAAUAUUUGUAUGCCAAUAACUAAAUACGUAAAUUCUCCCAUUUCAAUGCAAAAUGUUUGCUUUUUUUUUUU